AUGUCCACCGAGGUCGGGCCUACCAGCACAUCAAAUGUCGCUGCUGACCAUGCACCCGGCCUCAUUUCGCGCUCUCAUGAUGUCGUGAACACGCCUACUGAUGAGGUGCCGACUGAUUUGCUCGGGGAAGAGAAAUCUGCGACCCAUAUAGCCGAUUCUGAGAAGCAGGUCUAUUCGGAGGAGGCCGACCAGCCCGGGCAUGACCAGGACGAUGAUCUCCAUCGAACAGCGUCCACAGUGGCACCCUCUCAACGAUCUGUUCGUAGGGACCCCAUGAGCCGGGUAACGACAGAUGCAGAGGGGAACGUUUACCCCGAGGGUGGAAGAGAGGCAUGGCUUGUGGUGCUAGGAAGCUUCCUCGGUCUAUUCGGAUCGCUUGGUUUGAUCAACACCAUUGGUACUUUCCAGGCUUAUAUUGAGGACCAUCAAUUGAAAGACUACAGCUCCGGCGACGUCGGCUGGAUUUUCGGCAUGUUCGCCUUCCUGACAUUCUUCUGUGGUGUUCAAAUUGGCCCCAUGUUCGAUGCCCGUGGUCCGCGAGCUCUCGUUUUCGCAGGCUCGAUCUGUGAGAUGGCUUUUAUCAUCCUCCUCGGUUUCUGUACUAAGUAUUGGCAUUUCAUGCUGGUCGUCGGCGUUCUCGGUGGUGUGGGAGCCUCUCUCAUCUUCACUCCGGCCAUCUCGGCCGUUGGCCAUUUCUUCUACGAGAAGCGUGGUGUCGCGACCGGUAUUGCGGCUACUGGUGGCUCAAUUGGAGGUAUCGUGUUCCCGCUUAUACUCGAGGCCCUAUUCCCCAAGAUUGGAUGGGGCUGGGCAACCCGUGUUGUUGCUUUGAUCUGUCUGGUUGCUCUGUCUAUAGCGAACCUCCUGAUUAAGUCUCGACUUCCUCAGAAGCCUUUCUCCAAGGAGAACAUUAUGCCCGACUUCCGUAUUUUCAGCGAUCCUCGAUUUGCAUUGACUACUGCGAGCGUCUUCUUUAUUGAGUGGGGUCUUUUCAUUCCCAUCAGCUAUAUUUCGUCCUACGCACUUGCCGAGGGAUUCUCGAGCAAAUUUUCAUACCAGAUCCUUGCUAUUUUGAACGUGGGCUCCUUCUUUGGACGGUGGCUGCCCGGAUUCUUUGCUGACUUCUUGGGUCGCUUCAACACUUUAAUCGCUACUGUGGCUCUCUGCUUGCUCUGCAACGCAUGCCUAUGGCUUCCUGCUGGAAACAGCUUGGCUCUACUUGUGAUCUAUGCACUACUUUUCGGAUUUGCUAGUGGUAGCAACAUCAGCCUGACGCCUGUCUGUGUCGGGCAGCUCUGCAAGACCGAGAACUACGGCCGGUAUUACGCUACCGCUUACACCAUCGUAAGCUUUGGUACUUUGACUGGUAUGCCUAUCGCUGGUGAAAUCCUGGCCCGCUGCAACGGACAAUACUGGGGUGUUAUUGCGUUCACUACCGUUUGCUAUGCCGCAGGCUUGAUCUGUUGCACGGCUGUCAAGGUUAUUCAAGUCGGAUGGCGUAAGCCAUUGGCGAUUUACUAA